UGCCUGACGUCGCGACUCCUGGGAAAGGAGACUUAGAUACGUAGCUCCACUCUCAAACCAUUCGGCCCAUCGAUCCUAUCCCGCCACAAUCAUGAGGACACCUGUAAUGAUGCCGAGUGAGUGGACCAGGCAAGAUUUUCUUUCUCAAGGACGUCAGAGUGCUGAUAUAAUACAUAUGUAAUAGAAAGGGGGUCGUGCGACCUCCCGAUAACCGCAGACUGUGCAAUCACCUUAUCUAAUCCCCUCAUGAUCUUAUACUUCUCUAUAAGAUCACCCCAGCCUCCUGCGCUCCAAACAACCCUAUUGUAGGUAAAAAAAAUACCCCUAACUCUAGAUCCUCUCACUAGGGACACCGUAGGCCCGGGUUUAAACACGCAGGAGUCACGUUCUACAUAAUUAGUUUGCCUUUAUUAAAUAUCUGUCUGGGUGAUGUUUCAUCCAACUAAUUUCCUUUCCAAUCUCCAGCAGCUUGCUGUGUUUAUGGGAAUAUUAAUCAUGCAUCUCCAUCUAGCCACAAAUCUGCUAAAGCCACAGAUUAGCGGUGAGGAUGGGGAGCGCGGUGCUUUGUUUACCUGUGGACAUCCGGAGAUUAGUUACCGAGCAGCAUAAAUCCACAGGAGUCUUGAGCCUGGGACCAGAGGCACUGACAUCUCCAACGCCACACACAAGCAUGCGGGUGCUGAGUCUCCUACCUCUGCUCCUGUCUCUGGCCGCGGCGAGGGCCCAGUGUUCGCUGACCAGACACGUGCUGUACGUGGAGAAGGAAGGGUGCAACUUCUGCAUGUCCAUCAACACCACCAUCUGUGCCGGCUUCUGUAUGUCACAGGACGUCAACAUCAAGGCGCUCCUGCCCAAGAUGGCCUUGGCCCAGAGGGUGUGCACCUACCGGCACAUGGACUACAUCUCCAUCCGGCUUCCUGGGUGCCCGCCUGGCGUGGACCCGGUCUACAGACUGCCCGUGGUAUUGGGCUGUGUGUGCAGCCAGUGUUCGACCGACACCACUGACUGUACCACCGGCGUCGAAGCGCAUCUCCACUGCGCGAAACCUCAAUGGCACAUCCCCGCAUCACGCUCCCCCCUCCUCCUCUUCUCUGCUACCCGCCGCAAGCAGGAGGCUAAUCACGGUCUCGCUCCAUUCAAUUGAUCGAUUCUUGCUCCUCCCCUAUCCCUGCUCUGUAACCCUCUGCUUAACAGGAAUCCAUCGUUCUCUGGCGAUUCAGUGCCCACAUAAUGCGGCAGCUUUCAGAAUUCACCGCCACUCUGUGCACAAAGUGCUUCUUCCUACAUCACAGACCGGCACUAGGACAGCUGCAGUGCCGAGGUUGGCCAGCAGCUGGCAGUGUUGCUCCACUUUCCCUUCCCUGACCACAAUCCAUUGAUGGGAGACUAUGAAACAAAAUUACAAACUUACUACUGCGUGAAAUUCAAAAGAGAAACAAUUAUUGUACCUGAAGAAAUACAGAUUAUCGUGUGGCAUUAAGUUUGUUACAAUACUGUACUCAGUGCCAGUGUCAUAACAUGAAAACAGGCCCUUCGGCCCACCUUGGCCAUGCUGACCAAGUUGGCAAACUGGGUUAGUGCCAUUUGCCUGCAAAUAUGUUUUAUAAGUUGUAAUAGUAUCUGUGUCCAUAGCUACCUCUGGCAGCUCAUUCCAGAUACAGACUACCUACCCUCUGAGCAAAAACGCUGCCCCUUGAAGUCCCAUUUAAAUCUCUCCCCUUUUACCUUAAACCUGUGCCCUCUAGUUUUAGAAUCCUCUACUCUGGGAAAAAGACUGGGAGCAUUCACUUUAUCCAUGACCUUCUUGAUCUGAGGUCACCCCUCAGCCUCCUACGCUGCAGAGAAAACAUUCCCAACCUAUCCAACCUUUCCCUGCAACUCAAGCCCGCAAGCCCAGAUAACAUCCUGGUGAAUCUCUUCUGCAACCUUUCCAACUUAAUGCCACCCUACCUGUAGCUGAGCGACCAGAACUGUAAACAGUGCACCAAGUGAGGGUAUGCCCGAAUGCAAACACAGAGAGGAUUGAAUAACCUGCGAUGUUGUCUCUUGUUGCAUUGUGUCUUCUGUGAAGUGGUGCCCAAGAUAUUUCACCAUUCCAGCUAUGUUUGGUCACCUGCGACAUUUUCUGAAUCUUCCAAUAAAGAGAUUUUUCAAAAGCACUUU